AUUUAAGCUGAAUCAGCAAAAAAACACAAACAUUCCAUUUUCAAAAUGGCGGAAUACCGCGAAGCUAACAAAGUUACGAGCGAGGCUUCUGCAAGUCAGGACACUGUUGCAACGACAGUACUUCGAGUAAAACGCAAAAGAGAUGAAGAUCCAUUUAAUGCUCUUCUUGUUCAUCAUAGUCUAAGCAAAAAGAAAAGGCACGAUGCUGACAACAACCAUAACGAAAACAGCUUGUUUCGGUUUGCUGGCACAAUUGAUGAAACUCAGAUAAAAUCAACUGCAGAUGUUGUGCCGAGAAUGAUGAUGAUGAUGAUGAUUCAGCGACGUGUCCGCGAAUCAAUGAAGACGAGAAAUUUUAAAACAAAACAUCAUCCGCAUUGCCCAAACAUAAAGUCAAAAAAUCGCAAAAACACAAAGGAAAACCAUCAACUUGCAAGAUACAGAGUUAUUUCUCAAUUGAGACAACAAGAAAGUGAGGUAGAGGAAACAGCACAAACAAAAGAAGAUGAAGAAGUGGAACGAAUAUUUAAAGUUUAUGAUGUAAUCGCAGAUGGAACAAAACCGGAAACAUAUAAUUCCAAAUCAGAUGAAGAUGCCUUGUAUUGUAAUUCUGUCAAAAUGAUACGCGAAAAAUUGACAAUAUCAGAGGCACCACUUUCCAAGGAUACUGAAUAUGUGUACGAUCUAUACUUUGCACCUGGCGUGAUAGUCCCAAAUGAUGACGACAUGCUAGAUAUUGAAGAGUUUGUGGAUGAAAUUGUUUAUGAAAAUGAAGUUGAAAACUCAGAAGAUAUUUAUGAUGACGAAGAUGACGAAAAUGAUGCAGACAACUGGCGUAACGAUUAUCCAGACGAAGAUGAAUAUGCAUCAAGUGAAGACGAUGGAGAACAACGGAGGAGAGAAUUUGGAGAUUACUCAAGUGACGAAGAAGAUUAUGUUUACAAUAGAUAUCGAACAGGAAAAGCACGUCUCGAGUUCGACCCGUAUGCUGAAUAUGACGUCGACGAAUACUUUGCAACAAUCGACGACGAAGAUGACGAAACAUAACUGUGACGUUGUUUUGCUGAGGUUGUUUGUUCGAAAGAUAACUCGAAUCCGAAAUGUUGAGAGAAAACCUUUUGUUAAGAAGAACUAUUCAUUACAAAGAACGAAGGAAAUCAAUUUGGUAUAAAAGCUGUUGUAUACCCUUGCUUUUAAAUGUUUUAAACUGUUUAAAGUUACAUAAGCAAAAAAAAAAAAACUGGUUCGUAUGUUAAAAUUUUCUUUUUUUGUACAACACGAAUAGAAAUGUGUACCUUCGAAAAUUAUUUAUAAUUUUAAAAUAUCUAACCUGUUGCUUAGUAA